AUGAAACAUCGGUAUAAUGUCUUGGCAACUAGGUAUGCUCUUCGUUCUGCUACUCUACCUGAGGAUAGUCUUGUGGUGGUUCUUCGUGAUGCUCUGUCGUACACUCGACUGGAUCGGUACAUCUGUGAAAACAGUUUGUAUAGAUCUCUGCCUGACCCUGUCCCUUCAUUUGCUGGUCUCAAGGCUCACUUUUCUGACUUCUGGCAGGAUCAGGUGGAUCAACAACUAGCUGCAGCUACUACUACUGGUAAACAUGUUCUGCUUCGUGCGUGCCGUCCUUCUGUCUCUCGCCCUGAUCCCAUACUGUACUUACCUAUUGGUCGAUCUGCUCGUAGUCGUUUGGUUCGUUGGCGUCUUGGUCGUUUUGCAAACAUGCGUGAGGAAUGUCCCUGCAUGGAUGGAUCUUUCAUCUCUCGAAAUCACUUCCCUCAAAGUCGUGCUUUGGAUCGUGAUCUGUGGGAUGCUCUGCCUGCUGCUCCUCCUGGUGUACAUGUCAUUGACAAUGCCCUGAACAUGCUGCCUAUAAGUGGUUCUGCUGGUCCUCCAGUAUACUGGUCUGCGUUACUAUCUUUGCUUCAUGCAAUCGACUGUCUGGUCUACCCUUUGGCUACUAUCGCUCCUGAUCCUGAUCCCGGAUCAUUGUGGUUCUAUCCUCCCUCUCAUGGCUAA